GGACUACAGCCUUGUGUAAGUAAAUACGGCUACCGGUGUUCGCUGGGACUGGGAAACGCGCAGUCGCCAACCAGUCCUCCAAUAGAACACACACUUACACCAUCAACGAGACAGUGGACGUCACGCACGGCUGCAAGGUUAGAUACUUGUGCCAGGUCUGGGUGACAUCAGGGUGGUUAUUUCUCAGGAUGGAUGUACGCUUAGUUUUCGGAGUAUUUAUUACCUUCUUAGCAGUUGUCCCCUUGUCUCGGGACAAGCGGGAUGUGACCUUGCCAAGGCCAGUGAUUGUAUCGAGGAGCUGCAGUCCAUCUUGAAUGACACAAAGGACGAACGAAGAACGGUUGAAGACAAGAUUCUAAUGUGCUCGUUGAUGUUGCGCAACAACAACAUCAGCACCUGCUACCUGAUGAACACCGCCGUGUGCCCCGACAACCCCGACAAACAACGUCAGGCGAGUCGGUGGACUUCUAUCACAGGGGAGAUCGACCUGUUCUGUGAUAAUGACUGCCAAGAUUACAGGGAAAUAAAGACGUGCAAGGAGAAGGUCGAUAUGGACGCCAUAGAACAGGGAGCCCCCUCCAGGUUUUGUAGGACCUACGAUGAGAGUAAACAGUGUCUGGCCGACGACAUUGACGGCGACAGCUGCGAGUACAAGGAAAACAUCUACGACGCUCUGUUUGACGGGCCGUACAUCAGGAACUACUACAACAACGUCUGUCGCACAGAUUGUCCUAACCUGGACGAGACCGUGAAUAUAUUGCAAAAAUGCUACACUUCCUUGGAAAACCAUAACGUAUCUGAUGUCUGCCCGGCUCAUCGCAACUUCACUAAGUGUUUGAACAGCUUCCCCGACAAGCCAUGUGAACAGUUCCACGCUCUCCUCCUUUCUCUUCCGGUAUGA